CUCGAACACCAUCCAGCUGUCUCUAUCCCUCUGUGUGCACAAAAGUUGCGCACGCCUUUUACGCUUUGAUCGGAACGGUUAAGACACUGCAGGUUGAUCGGCUGCAGCAGCCAGUCAUCUCGGCAAAAUGUCUAUGCUGAAAUGGAUGGGAUUGGGAAGCAGUGGUACUUCUGGAAGUGGCGGCAAGGGAUCCGGAGGAGUCGACACCUCACCGCUGGCCGUUGAUGGUGGCGAUAAAACCUUCGGAAUGGAGAACUUUGGGAAUACUUGCUACGCAAACUCCGUCUUACAAGCCCUCUACUUCUGCAAACCCUUCCGAGAUGCAGUCCUCUCCUACCCACCCAUAACAGACCGCGCACCAACCUCGCCGACACGGGAGUUCCCGACAUCGACCGCUCCUCCAACACCAGCGGGUGCGGGCUCGAGUGUGACGAAUUAUACUGGGAGAGGGGGGCUGCAGCGAUCGAUGACCACUGCACCAUCCGAGAAAGCAGAAAACCGAAAAUCGCGAUUUGGGUUGUCGCGGACGCCGAGUUCGAGCGUGUUGUCGACGUCCUCCGCGGCAGGGCUUACGCCCAAGGACGUCUCCACCCCCUCACCAAACCAAAGCGCUCCAGCACCGACCCAGGACGGCAAGGUGGUGUUGAACAUCGAUCACUCACUCGCCGAGACAUACGGUAUGUCCGAAAGCUUGUUCACCGCCCUCAAAGAUGUUUUCGAGGGGAUCGUGGGUGCGGGGGAGAGGAAGGGGGUUAUUAAGCCGCAGAUGUUUAUCGAGGUGUUGAGGAGGGAGAAUGAGUUGUUUCGAUCGACGAUGCAUCAGGAUGCACAUGAGUUUCUGAACUAUCUGCUGAAUAUGGUGGUUGAUUCGGUUGAUGAUCACGCGAAGCAAAACCCCACCAAACUCCUCAACGGCGCCGGCGUCACUCCCAACCUCAUAGAAUCAACAGUCGACCACCGCUGGGUCCACACCCUCUUCGAAGGCUCCCUAACCUCCGAAACUAAAUGCCUAACCUGCGAAACAAUCUCCAGCCGCAACGAAACCUUCCUCGACCUCUCCAUCGACAUCGAAGAGCACACCUCCAUCACCUCCUGUCUCCGCGCCUUCUCCGCCUCCGAAAUGCUAUGCGAAAAGAAUAAAUUCCACUGCGAUCGGUGUAAUACGCUUCAAGAGGCGGAGAAGAGAAUGAAAGUGGGACGGUUGCCGAGGAUAUUGGCGUUGCAUUUGAAAAGGUUUAAGUAUCGGGAGGAUAUUCAGCAGAAUAUCAAGCUGUUUCAUCGGGUUUUGUAUCCGCUCCAGUUACGGCUGUUUAAUACGACGGAUACGGCCGAUGAUCCCGAUCGCCUGUACGAACUCGUUGGAGUUGUGGUACAUAUCGGCGGAGGGCCCUACCAUGGACAUUAUGUCGCGAUUGUCAAAGCGGGGAGUGCGGGGUGGAUGUUGUUUGAUGAUGAUGUCGUCACCCCCGUCCACGAGACCUUCGUGACGAACUUCUUUGGUGAUAGACCCGGGUUGGGAAGUGCGUAUGUGUUGUUUUAUGAAAUGGUCGAAGAGGAAUCACUCGGAGUCCCAAAAUCACCAGACUCGCCUUCUUUCCCGGAAGCAGCGAGAGAAACAGAAACCGAAAGCACCUCUCCACCCUCGAGCGUGAUGUCACCACCGCCAACGAUGAGCGAUAACAGCCCAUCCCCACAACCUCUCAUGUUCGGCACCUCACCCAUCUCCUCCCCACCCGCAGCAAUAACAUCACCAACCUCACCCCUCCCACCCUCUUCCUACGCGUCCACAUCAACCCUCCCACCACCGAGUCCAUCCAAUACGAUACCGAGUACCGUGUCACCGCAGAGUUUGCCUACGGCGAUGGCGUCGACACCGCAUUCGAGGAGAUUCAGUUUCGCGAAUCCGUUGGGCAAGUCGAAUUCGGCUACUUCCAUGGGCUCGAGCGCGAUGGGUGUUGUUGGUGGGGGGAUGCCAGAAUUACGGGAAUCGAGGUCGUUUCUGGGACGGUCGAAAACUAAGAAAGAGAAAGACUCCUACAAAGAUGCGAGUGAGGAUGGAAGUGUAGGAGGUGGCAAAGAGAAGGGAAAGGGAUUGAGUCGGUUUAGAGGGGGGAGUAUUGUUAGGAGGUGGGGGAGUGGGAGUAAGGAUAAGGAGAAGAGGGAGGUGAGUGAGGGGUGAUCUGAUCAUGGUCAUACGUAUUCGUAUCCCUAUUAGAUCACGAUUGGUAUUGUUAUCAGUGAGGAGGAAAGAAGGAGAAAAAAAUGAGUGAGGGGACGUUUAGCGUUUUCUGCGUGACAUAUAUGACUCCAUAUGGCAUCUGGCGCUCGGAAAUUAGCUUUUGGGAACAAUGAUAUUGGUUUUGGGCGUC